UCACAGCCAUCAGGCACGUAGUGGACGUGAGCCAGGGUGAAAAAGAAACUACACCUGAAGCAUAGAUACAGGCCUAUUUAAGCUGGCGUCCCUUAUUUAAUCCCACACAUCCUCUUUAGACCUUAGCAUGUCACGAGAUAGCUUCGUCUUCACGUCCUCGGCCUUGCGCUCUUUCGAAGAUGACGAAGACGUGCUGGAGAGACAAAAGUACAAGAAACAGCUGGCCGGCCAUCACUUCAAUCGCUAUAUGCUGAAGAAGGAGCUCAGGGACAGGGCACCGCUGAGUUCCAGCACUUUAAUGCCACCAGCUGUCUGCCACGAUUCGGUCGUCCAGAACGCUCUGUACACGGGAGACCUGGAGGCGAUGCAGCACCUCUUUCCCCGAGGAUCCACAGCAAACCUCAUCGUCGAGCCACAGGGAGGGGACAUGCGCUGGGUCGCCGCAGGGGACGGACUUUGGUCGCUGAGUUAUGAGCAGGAGCUGACCACGCCGCUUCACAUCACGGCCAGCCGAGGCUUCACCGACUGCCUGAGGCUCCUGCUGCAGCGGGGGGCCGAUGUAGACCUGGCCCCCGGGGGCACCACCGCGCUGCACGAGUCCUGUGAAAACUGCCAGCCAGAGUGCACCAAACUGCUGCUGAUCCACGGCGCCAACGCCAACGCCGUCACAGAGGAUGGCUUGAUGCCGCUGCACUUUUGCACAAGCCCCGAAUCCCUCGAAUGUGCCAAGAACCUCCUUCAGUACGGGGCGGCGAUCAACGGUCGCACCCUGGAUGAGAACGACACGCCCUUACACGUGGCGGCCAGCAACGGCCUCCCGGGCCACGCGCAGCUCUACCUGCGCUACGGCGCCGCGGUGGACAAGCAGAACAACGAGGGCCUCACGCCCCUCAUCGCCGCCUGUUCGCAACCCCAGGAGGCGCGGGAGCUGGAGCGCUUCUUCAAGGUGUGCCAGGUGCUGCUGGAGGCCGGGGCCGACGUGCACACCGUGGACCAGGACAAACACACUCCCUUGCACAUGGCUUGUAAGAACGCGAACCCGGACGUAGUGGAUCUGCUGCUGGCCAACGGGGCGUGCGUGAACGACAUGGAGUACGGCGGCGAGGCGCCCAUGCACAACAUCCUGAAGGUGGUGUGCUACAAGCUUUCCCAUCAGCCCGAGAGGAUCGUACGCGCUCUGCUCAACCACGGGUCCAUCCGGGUGUGGCCUGGAGCUCUGCCCGUGGUUCUGAAGUACUGCUGUGGAUCUCCACGCACCGUCGAGGUCCUGCUCAACGCCUACAGUCACCUCAAAGUCACCGACGCCUGGGUGGAGUCCGUGUCAUCGGAGGCGUUGAAGGAGCACAAAGGGUUCUACGAGUCGGUCUUCUCGUUGGCCCGGACCCCUCGCUCCUUGCAGCACUUAGCACGCUUCAGGAUCAGGAUCUUCCUGGAGGACCGGGUGCACAAGGUGGUCCCCGAACUGGAUCUGCCCACCGCCAUCAAGAACUACCUGCUCCUGGAGUACAGAGACUACGUCCACUGAAUGCGUUACCCAUGUGAAGAAGGCACUAACACACUUCAUAGGUUUGAAUACAUGUUUGGCCACACGUGUUUUGUUAUUUGUAUUCCAGUGUGAGCGACACAUUGGAUCGUGCACCACAAGAGGGAGCUGUAGACUAGAGUUGUUCAAAUACUUGGUCCGUGUACAAUAUGUUUUAUAUCUUACCAUUAAUUUAAGAACACUUACUGUGCUGGUUUGAUGUUAAUGGGCAUAGUGAUGAUGUUUGGAAUAUUGAGGAUUGAUCCUAAAUACUCACAGAAAUAAUUAUUCCCAACAGUAAUAAUGUAGCAUUUAUAUAAAAAUAAGGCUUGAUGUAAAAUAAAAUAUUCUAUCAUGUCUCUGUAGUCUAGUCAUAGAUUUUUUCUGUUGUCUUACAUUUUUCUCUCUUGCUUUCUAUACUUUCUAUUCUAUACUUUUAUAUAAAUAAAAAGAAGUAUGCAUAUUUAAAACCAUUAUCAAACUACACUUUGAAUAAACACAUGAUGGAAGUCCAACUAUAAAACAACUGAAACUACAGGACAUCGUGUGGCGUAACGGUUGUAAUUCAUGCUUUCAUAAAAAAACGUUACAAACAAGUUGUCAACCUGUUAUAUGAUAAAAAAAAUUAAAAUAACAGAUGGAAUUGA